GAGGAUCGCGCAGCCCGCGGCGCUGACGGCGUUGCGAUGCGUUGCGGAGCAGGUCGCGGCCACGGCGGCGCCGCUGCCUCCGCCCGCUCGCAGCCCAGAGGAGCAGGCGGUGCUCGACCUGAUAAAGGACGCGGCGCUGGCGCCCGGAGACAAGUGCCUGUAUGCGCCUGGCAUCGCGCUGGUGAGCCGCAGCGGGGAGUUCAUGGUGCUGGUCGAUUGUUCUGAUACCGCAGCUGCCGCCAUGCCAGAGCUGGACGCCAGGAUCCUUGAUCUCUCUCGCGACAAGGAGCACGCGGUGGAAGCAUACCUGUCGGCCCACCAGCGGCGACCUGCAGGGGCCUCAGACCACGAGACGGCCAUGGAGGGGCUUGAGUACAUGCUCACGUAUGACCAGCUCAAUGCGCCAGAGUUAGUCCCCCCUGAGCUCUUCUUGAGGCGGGCGCAGCUGGCCGAGUUCAGGCAUCCGCGCCUUCUGCUGCGGCCCGACUACUACGGAGACGACCUUGCGAACGACGAGUUCCUCUCUCUCGGCCCCGGUGACCCGGCGGCGGCAGUCGUUUUGGCCGCCGACCCGCUGCGCUCGUCGGCGAAUGCACCUGCUGCCAACGCGAGGGCAAAGGCGAAGCCGAUUGGAAGGGCAACAAGGCCGCGGCGGGCCCUGCUGCCGCGCCUGAAGCACGACUGCCACGUGGGCCGGCUUGCCCGACCG